AAGGACUGUGGCGGUUCUGCUCCGAUAAAUACAGCGGUCGGCAGGUGACGGGAACAGCCGGACGGGUUCUGGCUUCGACCCGGAGUUCAGUUCCUGCACCUCCAGCCCUGGUUCUGCUCCAAAUCCAAUGGACAUGGUGAUGGAGGAACCGGGUUCACCACGGCACCACUUGCUCGCUCCCCAACCCUAUCUGGCUAAACCUGUGUGACCCUUGACCCCAUCCCCCCUGCCCACCAUGGCGCUGUCCUCACGCUUAAAGCUCUGGGAGCAGAAGAUCCAAGAGGAGAAGAAGCCCAGCUCGGUCCCUGCGCCGCCGCCGCCCCCCCUGUCCGCCGUGCCGGGGGGGUUCCUCAAGCAGCUCGUCAGAGAGACGGAGAAGGAGACGCGGCUGAAGGAGCCCGAAAUCAAGGAGGAGAAAGUGCCCAGCAAGCUGAGCGACAGCCUCGUCCAGCAGUUCCUUCUACCCGACGAAACGCCGCCGAUUCUUGAGGCGGAAAUGGCUCUGCGGGCUGAGCAGCUGGUGAACGGCGAGCGGGACAAGAAGGUCCUCUCCGGGACGGCGUCCUCCUCGCCUGGGGCCGGGGCCCAAAGAGGGGAAGAGAGACCCCCGCCGGACGCUUCCGCCGCCCGCGAGACACAAGUGCCCGGUGAGGAGGACGGAAGGAGGGAGAAGGUACGCGGGCAGGCGGACGAAGGAGAAAGGAAGAGAGGCGAGACGCUAGAGGCCGAGGGACGUUUUCCGCACGCUGACGUCCCGCAGCAGGAGGCCGUGGCUCCUGACAUCUGGUACGAGGCCGGGACGGUGUGGUACACGCGCAAAGAGGGCUUCGCGCGCGCCACGCAGCUAAAGCCCGAUGAAGGAACUCCGGAGCUGCCGGCGGGGAAGGUGCGCGUCCGGCUCGAGACAGACGGGUCGCUGCAUGACGUCAUGGAGUAUGAGAUUGAGGAGGUGAACCCGCCUGAGCUGGACCUGGUUGAGGACCUGAGCGAGUUGGUCAGCAUGAAUGAAUCCGGUGUCCUGCAUACCCUGUGCAGCCGUGCUCGUGCCCAGCUGCCUCUCACCCGUGCCGGACCUAACCUGUUGGCCCUUUGGCCCCCGCCGGCCUCUCCAAGCAAGGGGUCUCGGAGUCCUCGAGGGGAAGGCGCAUGGGAGGCCCCCUCGGUCCUGCAGGCCCUGGUGCGACGCACUUAUGUGGCCAUGGUGAGCCAACGGCGAGACCAAAGUGUGCUGGCGCUGGGCCGCAGCGGCACGGGAAAGACUUCCGUUUGCACCACGUUCGCCCAGGAGCUGCUGAGACAUGCCGGCGCUGCCGGCAACUGCCUGACUCCGGAGCGUCUCCAGGCUGUGUUCGCGGUGCUGCGCUCCUUCGGCUGCGUCAGCUCCCCGCACAGUGACGCCUCCUCCCGCUUCGCCAUGCUGCUGUCCCUCGACUUCAACCACGCCGGCCUCGUUGCCGGAGGACAUCUGCAGACCAUGCUGCUGGAGAAGUGGAAGGUGUGUCAGAAGAUGGAGGGCGAGAGCAACUUCUUGGUUUUCUCCCAGAUGCUGGCAGGGUUGAGUGUGGAAAUGAGGACACAGCUUCACUUGCAUCAGCAGAGUGAGCCCAACUCGUUUGGCAUUGUACCUCUGGCUAAGGUGGACGAGAGGCAGAAAGCAUCGGCGGCCUUCGCAAAACUGCUGAGUGCCAUGGAAACCCUGGGCUUCUCAGCCAACGAGCAGCAAGCAAUUUGGCACGUGCUUGCUGGGAUAUACCAUUUAGGGGCAGCAGGCUCCUGUAAAGUGGGUCGCAGGCAGUUCCUCAGUUUUGACAACGCCCAGCUGGCCAGCAGCGUCCUCGGCUGCGAAGGGGAGGAGCUUCAGACAGCCGUAUUCAAGCACCACCUCCGGCAGCUUCUGCUAAAGGCCACCGGGGGCAGCAGAGAGAGACACGCGUCGGAGGGGCCGGAGGAGGGAGGGCCCCGGCUGAGCGCGAAGCAGUGCGUGGAGGGAAUGGCGAUGGGCCUGUACGAGGAACUCUUCGCAGCCGUGGUGUCCCUCAUCAACAGGUCGCUGUGCUCGCACCAGCUGACCUUGGCCUCGGUGACGGUGGUGGACGCGCCCGGCCUGCGCAGCCCGCGCCACUGCGGAGCGGAGAGGGCCGCCGGCUUCGCGGAGCUCGCUCAUAACUACCUGCAGGAGAGGCUUCUGGAGCACUGCUACACACACACGUUCACUCGCACGCUGGAGCGCUAUGCGCAGGAGAAAGUACCUGUGGAUUUUAGAGCCCCGGAAAGCAGUGCGGCGCCAGUGGUCUCUGCUAUCGACCAGCCCGUGCUCCAGCUGAGGGCGGCGGAGGGCGACGCUCGCGGGCUGCUCUGGGUGCUGGACGAGGAAACGAUGACUCCGGGCUCCACGGAGAGCGCCGUCUUGGACAGGGUGUGUCGGUACUUCGGUGACACAGUGCGGCAGUGUGAGCAGCCCCUCCAGUGUGAGAUUGCGCACCAGCUGGGCUCCGAUCUCAUCCGCUACGACCUGUCGGGCUGGAUCAGCCUGGUCCAGAACAACCCGUCGGCCCUCAACGCCGCCGCGCUGCUGCAGAACUCGACAAUCGGGGCGGUCAAGUCCCUCUUUGGCCCCCGCGCCUCCCUGCCCCCCCUGUGCAGGGGCAUCGGGGGGGUCGAAGGGGGUUCCCAGCGGUCCCUGCAGAGGAGCGGCAUCGUCAGGAAGACCUUCAGCGGGGGGCUGGCAGCCGUCAGGAGGCAGUCCUACUGUAUAUCUGUCAAACUGCAGGCGGACGCGCUCGUCAACCUGAUCCGUCGGACCGGUCCCGUCUUCCUCCAGUGCAUCGACGCCAAGACGACGGACGGCGGCAAGUUUGACGUGCCGUCCGUUCGCGCCCAGCUCAGCUCCACGCACCUGCUGAGCGCGCUGCAGCUGUACCGCACAGGAUACCCAGAUCACAUGUCACUGAGCGACUUCCGCUGCCGCUUCCAGGCCCUGUCCCCUCCGGUGAUGAAGCGCUACGGCUCAGUCUUCAUCACUCCGGACGACAGAAAGGCCGUGGAGGAGCUCUUGGUUGACUUGGAUUUGGAUAAGAAAAGUAUUGUCGUUGGAACAAGCAGGGUUUUUAUGAAGCGAGGAGUGCUGCGCUUCCUCGAGCAGGAGAGGGACCGGCUGGUGAGCGGCUGGAUGGUGCUGCUCCAGGCCUCCUGCUUGGGACACCUGGCCAGGCAGAAGUACCGCUGCAUGAAGGUGCAGCAUAUGGCUGUGAGCUGCAUUCAGAGGAACGUGCGCGUCCUGUCUGCCGCGAGCACCUGGAGCUGGUGGAAGCUCUUCUGCAGAGUCCGUCCGAUGCUGAAUGUGAACAUCGAUGACCAGCGUUUCCGUGCCAAGGAGGAUGAGAUCGCAGCUUUGAGGCAACGCCUGGAGAAGUCUGAGAAGGACAGGAAUGAGCUGAGACAAACUGUCGACCACCUGGAGACAAAGGUGACGGCGCUGUCCUCUGAGCUGUGUGACGAGAGGUUCCGCGGGGAGGCUGUGAGCCAGGCGUUGGACGUGGAGCGGGCAGAGCGCCUCCGCCUCGCCAAGGAGAGCAAGGAGCUGCUGAGUCGCCUGGAGCAGUGCAAGACCACCAUGGACGGGCUGGAGAAACAGCUGGAGGAGGAGAAACAGCAGGCCAAGAGCCGGGAGAUGCUUGGGGGCAUGGGCACAAAGAGUGAGCUCCAACUGCAGCUGGAAUGCGCGCAAACCGAGGUGGAGUUCCUGAGACGACGGCUGCGCCAAAGUGAGGAGAGGCUGGACCAGGAGCGGGAAGCCCGAGCCCAGCUGGACAGCAAGGUGCUGGAGCUGCAUUCCCAGCUGGAGCAGUCCAAGCGUACCGUGACCGAGCUGAAGCGGCAGUGUCGCCGGCUGACCUCUGACCUCCAGGACGCCCGCGUUCUCACCGAUAACCUGCAGAGUCGCGCCCACGAACUGGACCGCAAGCAGAGAAGGUUCGACAGCGAGCUCACCCAGGCUCUAGAAGGAGCUGACGGCGAGAGGGAACAGAAGGAGAAGUUCAUCCAGGAGAACGCAGCCCUCAGGGCCGAGAUCCUCCGACUCCAGCAGGGCCUUAAGGAGAGCCAGGCAGAAACGUCACGCCUCCAGCAGCAGAAGGAGGAGCUGCGCGCCCAGGUGAAGGACCUGUCCGGUCCGACGGGCCUCGCCGCAGACUCCCUCCCCGGGCUGAAGAAGCAGCUCCGGGAGCUGGAGGAGCUGGAGAAGGAGCGCAGCAGGGAGGUCUCCCAGCUCAGCGCAAAGAUCCAGCAGCACGAGCAGAUGCAUCUGCGCUGCGAGAUGGAGAUGGAGAGGAUGAAGCAGAUCCACCAGAAGGAGCUGGAGGACAAGGACGAGGAGCUGGAGGACGUGCAGAAAUCUUCACAGAGACGGCUGAGGCAGCUGGAGAUGCAGCUGGAGCAGGAGUACGAGGAGAAGCAGAGGGUGGUGCAUGAAAAGCACGAUCUGGAAGGACUCAUCGCCACGUUGUGCGAGCAGGUGGGGCACAGGGACUUUGACGUGGAGAAGCGCCUGCGGAGGGACUUGAAACGCACCCGUGCGCUGCUCAGCGACGCACAGCUGCUCCUGUCCACUGCGGACACCGCGGGACAGGGACAGGGUGGAACCCACGAGCAGCUGGAGCGCCUGCAUACCCAGCUGGAGGAGAGCGAAGCGAGACGUGUGGAGGCGGAGAACGUAAAGAAGAUGCUGGCCAUGGAGCUGGAGAACGCGCAGUUGGAGCUCGAGAGCAUCUGCAAGCACAAGAGUCUGGUGGAUGAGCAGCUGGCUCAGCUUUUGCAUGAGAAAAUGGACCUGCUGAAGAGGCUGGAGGAAGAUCAGGAAGAUCUGAAUGAGCUCAUGAAGAAGCACAAAGCCCUCAUUGCCCAGUCCUCCAGUGACAUCUCGCAGAUCCAGGAGCUACAGACCGAGCUAGAAGAGGCCAAGAAGGAGAAGCAGAGACUGGAGGACGAGCUCCUGCAGUGUGUCGCUCGACUGCAGCACCUGGAGUCGUCCACGGUGUCCCGGAGCAUCGUGAGCAAGCAGGAGGCACGUGUGUGUGACCUGGAGAACAAGCUGGAGUUCCAGAGGGGCCAGAUCAAGAGGUUUGAGGUGUUGGUGUUGCGGCUGCGGGACAGCGUGGUGCGUCUCGGCGAGGAGCUGGAGCAGGCGGCGCAGGCGGAGGCGCGCGAGAGGGAGAACGCCCGCUACUACCAGCAGCGCCUGGCCGACCUGCGGCUGGAGAUGGAGGACCUCAUCCAGCAGGAGCAGGAGAGCGGGCGCCGGCGCCUCGAACUGGAGAUGCAGGUGGAGGAGCUGAGCGCCGUCAGGCAAACGUUGCAGGCGGACCUGGACACGUCCAUGCGGCGCAUCGCGGACCUGCAGGCCGCCCUGGAGGAGAUGGACUCCGGCGGGGAGAGCGAUGGCGAGAGUGUCCAGACAGCAGUGCAGUUCAGGACCACAAAGAGAGAACUAGACGGUGUGUCCAGCGUGGGCUCCCUGCUCUCAGAAGACUCGGGCGAGGGCAUCCGCACAUGGCUGGGGGUGCCCCGGGGUCAGACUUCCUCCCCAUAUGGUGGGAGCAGCACCACCGGCAGCGUGGGGGGGCGUCAGUCAGUCACGGACACCCUGAGCACUUGCAGCUUCCGGUCCCUCCCCCCGGAACAAGAGAAGGAUAACGCAGAAGCGACAGUUGGAGGACAGGCUUCAUCCUCAUCGGCGCUCUCGGAACUCCUCAAAGGGCUACGCAGGAAGCGGACGGGGUGGCAGCAGGGGGCCGAGCAGGAGGAGGCCAGCGCGGUGUCCCUGCCCAUCUACCAGACCACCGGGGCCGCCACCCUGCGCCGCAGGUCCUCCGCCUUGUCCUUAGCAGAGGACGACGGCCCCGAGGAGCCCCGCACCGGCAUUCUGAAGCGCCCGAGCCCCGCUCUGCCCCGGGCCUCCAGCCUGCGUUCCCUCCCAGAGACGGGCUCAGUCGGCGGGACCUGCGGAACAAGUGCAGGAAGUGGCAGAUUAGGCCGCUUUGGCUCCUGCGACUCCCUCACCUCCAUGAGCUCAGGCCAGGGACCACGCCAACGUCCCCACAAUCCCAUCAUCCCGGAGGAGGAGGAGGUGGUGCAACAGCAUGCUCAGGCCACACCCACCAGCCCAUCACCCCAACCCCUCCGCCGCAGGCUGCUCGGGGGCCUGGAGGCAGAAGCAGAAGAGUUGCCGCUGGGGGCAGAGCCAUUAGUUUUCCAGAAUCGCCACCUCUCGUCAAACCUAGAGAACGAGAAGCACUACGUGGGGGAGUGGCAGGGGGACUCGGCGGACGCCUGCUCAGACAUUCUUCCCGCCAUCCGCCGCGCUCAGUCCACCAGCAGCCUAGCCGGUUCGGUCAAGGCGGGUAGCCGCCGCGCGCUCAGUGUACAUUUUGGAGCGCUACCACCCUCUAGGGCAGCCUCCCGCCGUGGGUCCGAUUCAGACUCCUCUGGCUCUGGGGGUUCCCAGCAUCAGGGGGAGAGACAGGAGGCGGAGGGCAGCGAGGGGGAUAUCAACUCUGUCAUGAGGAAGUACCUGAAUCGGCCUGAGGCACAGUGAGCCCCUGCCUGCUGGAGCAUUAAUCACUGCUUGGAGAACACACCACAGGACUGGAUGUGGAUGCACGCACCAUACUUUAAACACUUGAAACUGUUUGUACACCAUUUAAAAAUAAACGGAGUGUUUCGUAUUGUUACAGGCCUCGUUUUGAUCUUUUCCAAGUCUCGUGUCAAUUCUGGUGAAGCGGACUGGGAACAACUGCCGCCUGGAUGCUCUUUUUUUAGGAUAGCAGAACAGAACUCAAGCGGUUUACUAAUUUUUCUGAGAACCAGUUUUAAUGAAACCAUAUAAAAUGCACAAAAAUUCUCCCUCACUUCCCAUGCUCUAUAGACAGGGAGCAUUUGCUUUAUCAGCUGAAGGGUGAACAAGGUUGAGUGCACCGAGUAUAUUAGUGUGAAUAAAUACAGUUCAGCUUCAGGGAUCUUUAACUGUCUUUGCCUGUCACCCAUGUCAGCACCAUGUUCAAUCCUUUACCCACACUAUGAUAAAUUGAG